AUGUGCGCAACAUCUUUCUACCCUCAUCUCGCCUCCACCUUCCCUCUUCAAGUUCUUCGCCCUCGGAAAACCAGUGGGUUCUUUGGGUGGGCGGGCCGAAGCUGCUUUUUGCCCUCUCCCAAGAUGGCCACCGCUGCCUCUGUGACAGGCCUGGUCACGUGGACACAUCCGCCUAUGAGGUCUCUGGGGCUUGGUAGGUGAUUGUCCCUUUCGGGGCCCCGUCCCCAGGCGGUGACUGCCCUUGUCAACCGGAGCCUGAGCGAUCAUGGCAACGGGCUCGGGCUGGGAGCUCGUGGCGGCAGUGGCAGCGGCGACAGCUUGGUCGCGGGCCGGGGCGGCGGAGCGGCGGCGGCGGCGGUGGCACUGGCACUGGCACCGGCCCUGAGCGCCAUGCUGCCGGGCAGCGCCGAGAGGCAGCAGGCGGCCGGAUGGGAGGCGCAGGAGGUGGCCGCGGCCGCAGCGGAGGCGACUGAGGAACAGGUCUGCGUGGACGCGGGCGCGGCCGGGGAGCCGGAGCGCACGACCGGGGGGGAGCAACUCAAGGACCCGGCCCCGGCCCCGGCGCAGCCCCGCGCGGCGGAGGAGGGGGACGCCCGCGACCCGCCGCGGCCGUCGCCCUCGCUGCCCCAGUCUAAACCGGCUCCAGCGCGGGGCCUCUGCCCGCAUGGCAAACCCAGGAGCAAGGGCCGAAGCUGCAAGCGGGGCUCAAGCCACCGUCCGGACGAGUCCCGUCCUCGGCGGCCAGUCACCGUGGACAGCUCCAAGGCCAGGACCUCCCUGGACGCUCUGAAGAUCAGCAUCCGCCAGCUCAAGUGGAAGGAGUUCCCAUUUGGCCGACGCUUGCCUUGUGAUAUCUACUGGCAUGGAGUUUCAUUUCACGACAGUGACAUAUUCUCUGGUCAAGUGAACAAGUUUCCAGGCAUGACGGAGAUGGUGCGUAAAAUUACUCUGAGCAGAGCAGUGAGAAUCAUGCAGGAGCUCUUUCCUGACGAGUACAACUUCUACCCUCGCUCAUGGAUUCUGCCUGACGAGUUCCAGCUCUUUGUUGCUCAGGUUCGGAUGGUGAAAGAUGGUGACCCCUCGUGGAAGCCCACUUUUAUUGUAAAACCUGAUGGUGGUUGUCAGGGUGAUGGAAUCUACCUCAUUAAAGACCCCAGUGACAUCCGCCUGGCAGGGACCCUCCAGAGCAGGCCAGCUGUGGUCCAGGAGUACAUCUGCAAACCUCUCCUUAUCGACAAGCUGAAGUUUGAUAUUCGUUUGUAUGUCUUACUAAAGUCCUUAGAUCCCUUAGAGAUUUAUAUAGCCAAAGAUGGACUCUCGAGAUUUUGUACUGAGCCAUAUCAAGAGCCCACUCCCAAAAAUCUGCACCACAUCUUCAUGCACUUAACCAACUAUUCCCUGAAUAUCCACAGUGGUAACUUUGUCCAUUCGGACAGUGCUAACACAGGCAGCAAAAGGACUUUUUCUAGCAUUCUUUGUAGGUUGUCUUCUAAAGGUGUUGACAUCAAGAAGGUCUGGUCUGACAUCAUCUCCUUGGUGAUUAAGACCGUCAUUGCCCUGACUCCAGAGCUCAAAGUUUUCUACCAGUCGGACAUCCCAGCAGGGAAGCCGGGGCCCACAUGCUUCCAGAUUCUAGGCUUUGACAUACUUCUAAUGAAAAAUCUGAAGCCUGUACUACUUGAAGUAAAUGCAAAUCCCAGCAUGAGAAUUGAACAUGAGCAAGAACUUUCUCCAGGGGUGUUUGAAAAUGUCCCCAGCCUUGUCGAUGAAGAGGUGAAAGUGGCUGUGAUCAGAGACACACUGCGCCUCAUGGAUCCACUUAAGAAGAAAAGAGAGAACCAGUCUCAGCAGUUUGAAAAACCACUAGCUGGAAAGGCAGAUACUUCAGACAGUGACAUGGCCACUGCCCCAGAUGGCAGCACCAAUUCUGAAGCCCACCUGCCCUCCAUUUGCCUCAAGCAAGUGUUCCCCAAAUACGCAAAGCAUUUCAACUACCUGCGCCUGGUGGACAGGUUGGCAAAUUUGUUUAUCCGGUUCCUGGGAAUCAAGGGGACAAUGAAGUUGGGACCAACAGGCUUUCGUACCUUCAUAAGGAACUGCAAGCUCAGCAGCAGCAGCCUGUCCAUGGCUGCAGUGGAUAUUCUCUACAUUGACAUCACAAGGAGAUGGAACUCCAUGACUCUGGACCAACGGGAUUCAGGGAUGUGUCUGCAGGCAUUCAUAGAGGCUUUCUUUUACCUGGCUCAGAGGAAGUUCAAGAUGAUGCCACUCCACGAGCAAGUGGCCUCGCUGAUUGACUUGUGUGAAUACCACCUGUCCUUGCUGGAUGAAAAGCGCCUGGUGUGUGGCCGGAGUGGCACCUCAGGGUGCCAGCCCCCUUGCAGUGGCACUCCCCAGGAAGCCACCCCCUUGGCCCAGCUGUCGGAGGUCACCUCCCCACCCCACCUAAACAGUGCCAAUAAGCUCCCCCAGUCCAAACACUUUCUGUCCUGA